AUGGCGGGCACAAAGAAUGCAGUCGUAUGGUUCCGCAAGGGCCUGCGCCUGCACGACAACCCCGCCCUGCUCGCGGCGUGCGAGGGCGCCCAGCGCGUGUACCCGAUCUUCAUCAUCGACCCAAACUUCCUCCAGAGCAGCAACUACAAGGUCGGGGUCAACCGCUACAGCUUCCUGCUGGAGAGCCUGGCUGACCUGGACCGCAGCCUCCGCGCGCGCGGCAGCCGGCUGCUCGUGCUGAGGGGCAAGCCUGAUGAGGUUCUCCCGCGUGUCUUCAAGGACUGGCAGAUCUCCCAGCUGUGCUUCGAGGCGGACGUGGAGCCGUACGCCAAGGCACGCGACGCAACCGUGGCGCAGCUGGCGCAGGCGGCGGGCGUGCACGUCUCCGCCCACACCAGCCACACACUCUACGUGAGCCGCCGCUGCUGCAAGAGACGCGCCGGCACGCCCCUCUGCAUGGGCCUGGCGCUGCUGCUUUAG